AUGGGCAACUGCUGCGUGGCCCGGCCGUCGUCAGGCAAGCGGCGGGGCGGGAACCGUGGCGGUGGUGGCGCUGGCGGGAACCGUGGCGGGCGCCUCGGCGGCGCCAACGUGCGGUCCUGCUCCACGCUGUCCUCCAUCUCCGACGCCGCGCGCGCCACGGCGACGCAGGCGUGGACGCCGCUGACCGUGCUGGGGAAGGGCCUGGCCGCGGAGGCCAGCGCGGAGGAGCUGCUCCGGCGGUACCAGCUCGGCAAGGAGCUGGGGCGCGGCGAGUUCGGCGUGACGCGGCGGUGCACGGACACGUCCACGGGCGACGUGCUCGCGUGCAAGUCCAUCAGCAAGCGCAAGCUGCGCAGCAGCGUCGACAUCGAGGACGUCCGGCGGGAGGUGGCCAUCAUGCGGUCGCUGCCGGAGCACCCCAACGUCGUGCGCCUGCGAGAGGCCUUUGAGGACGGCGACACCGUGCACCUCGUCAUGGAGGUCUGCGAGGGCGGCGAGCUCUUUGACCGCAUCGUCUCGCGCGGCCACUACACCGAGCGCGCAGCCGCCGGCGUCAUGCGCACCAUCAUGGAAGUCGUCCUGCGUGCAUUUCUUCCUUCUGCGUCAGGUGACAGGUUCAGUGAGAUCGUUGGAUCCCCCUACUAUAUGGCUCCUGAAGUCCUGAAGAGGAACUAUGGGCAAGAAGUAGAUAUAUGGAGUGCAGGAGUCAUCCUCUACAUCUUGCUAUGUGGUGUCCCACCAUUCUGGGCAGAGACUGAUGAGGGCAUAGCACAGGCUAUCAUCCGGUCCAACCUCGACUUCCAGAGAGAGCCUUGGCCAAAGGUGUCUGAAAAUGCAAAAGAUCUUGUGAGGAAGAUGCUUGAUCCCAGCCCCUACUCUCGGUUGACUGCCCAGCAGGUUCUGGAACAUCCUUGGAUACAGAAUGCCAGUGCAGCUCCCAACAUCCCACUCGGAGAAGCAGUGAGGUCCAGGCUGAAGCAAUUCACGGUUAUGAACAAGUUCAAGAAGAAGGCUCUACUUGUGGUGGCAGAGUACCUACCAGCCGAAGAGCUGGAAGCAAUCAGGGAGUUGUUUCACAUGCUGGACACCAACAAGGAUGGGCAUCUGACAAUCGAAGAACUCAGGAAGGGACUGCGAUUGAUAGGCCACAAUGUCCAUGACACGGAUGUGGAUAUGCUCAUGGAAGCUGCAGACAUGGACGGCAAUGGGACCCUGGACUGCAAGGAGUUUGUGACAGUCUCCAUUCACCUGAAAAAAAUCCGCAGCGAGGAUCACCUGCCCAAGGUGUUCAGCUACUUCGACAAGAAUGGGAGCGGGUACAUCGAGAUCGAAGAGUUGAAGGAGGCCCUCUCUCCAAGAGGUGACCAGAAGGCGAUCGACGACAUAAUCCUAGAUGUCGACAAAGACAAGGACGGGAAGAUAAGCUAUGAGGAGUUUGAGCUGAUGAUGAAAGCUGGAGUGGACUGGAGGAAUACGUCGAGGCAGUACUCGAGAGCGGUUUACAACACCCUCAGCCGCAAGAUGUUCAAGGAUGUGUCCCUGAAGCUUGACAUUAACAAUGGUCCACUUGCUGCAGCCGUCAAAGAACAACAAGCGGUUGACUGA